AUGGUUCAAAAGAUAACGCAGGAAUAUGCCAAUCACGGCCUGUCGCUGAAAUGCGACAUCUACGCUCAAGACGACUACCCAAAGAGUAACCCCGUGUUUCUAUACUUUCACCCAGGAGGACUUGUCGACGGGAACCGUGAUGUUGUCGCGCCUUGGCUCGUACAGGUGUGCAUCCAGCGGAAAUGGCCUCUCAUCUCCCCGAGUUAUCGUCUUCUCCCCCAAGCAGGCGGACAAGGCCUCCUAGAAGACGCCACAGCGGCAUACGGAUUUGCGCAGAAUUGGGACACUCAAUCUUCUUCCAAACGACCAGUUAUCGUUGGAGGCGCCAGCGGAGGUUACUUCAUGGCCACUCUCAUCGCUCACCACUGCCAACCCAAACCUCGCGCCCUCUUCUCCAUCCAGGGCAUCAACACCUUCCACCACCCCUUCUUCAACUCAUCCAUCCAAACAGCCGGCGAAGAAAUCCCCCAUGCCUCCAUGGAAAAGUACAUCGCCGGCCCAAUCCAAGUCGGCGAAAUGCCCCUUGACGAGUCCACCUUUGUCCUGGACAAACUAACCCCCGACGGCGCAAAGAAUCCAUCAUUCACGCCUCCUAUGCCCGCCGCGAGAGCAUCACCAGAGGAUAACAGCUACCGAGGCAUGCUCUACGACUACUAUACCUUCAACAACUCCUUCCUCGGCAUAGUUGGCUCCGUCGACCUCGGGUAUCAAUGGGCGAAACUUGCCGAGUCCAAGGACAGAGUCGCACGGUGGCCCAAGACGGUCAUCUUCCACGGCAACAAGGAUCCCGAUGUGGAGCUCAAUGUGAGCGAGGACAUGCGUGACUGCUUGGGCGAAGACAAGGUCACGUUGAUUGUCGCCGAUGGCCAGCCUCAUUUAUAUGAGCUGGAGAAGUUCAUCGAGGAUGACGCUCCUGGAAUGGAGGCCGUGAGGAAGGCUAUAGCUCGGUUGGAUGAGAUUGUGGCUUCCGUCUAA